AUGGAUACCAUUACAAAUAAAAUGCCAACAGCGCAAGUACCUUCACACGUUCGAGAUUCUUUUAGACACUUGGUGUUAGCUGAUAAGCAGUUUGAUAGACCUGCAGAAAUUGAUCUGUUGCUUGGAGCAGAGUUAUUUCAUAACAUCUAUGAUGGCCAACGUUUGUUUUUUGGCUCUGACUUGCCAGUAGCUCUUCACAGCGUGUUCGGAUGGGUGAUCAGUGGAAAAUUAGAUCUUUCUUGUCGACCACCAACUUCAACCACCUCUCUCUUCGCUUCUACACUUGCCCUAGACAAUGUAGUCAAGCGUUUCUGGAAAGUUAAAGAACCUCCUAUAGUAAAGAUUGUUAACCCAGAAGACGUGAAGUGUGAAAACAUGUUUUCUGAUCUUGUAAGGCGAAACUCAGAUGGUCGUUAUGUGGUGCCUAUAAUGCUUAAGGAUCCACUUGAAGAAUUGGGUGAUUCGCAUCAAAUGUCUAUGUCUCGCUUGCAUAAUUUGGAAAAGCGACUUAUUCGUCACCAACAGUUGAAAGCUGACUAUAUUCAGUUCAUGCAAGAGUGUUCUGAUUUGGGACACAUGACUUUAGUGGAUUCACCUUCAGGUGCGAAUGGAAACAUCAUACCACAUCAUUGUGUGAUUCGCCCGGAGAGCAGUAGCACAAAACUCCGUGUAGUCUUUGAUGCUAGCGCGAAGACUGGAAAUGGAAAAUCAUUAAAUGACAUUGUUUAUACUGGACCGAAACUACAGAAUGACAUUGUUGAUAUUAUCACAGCACUUCGGCUGGAUGGUAUAGUUUUUACAGCUGACAUAGCUAUGAUGUACAGAAAUAUUGAUCUGCGUCCCGAGGACAGACAAUAUCAACAUAUAUUCUGGAGAGACUCACCGGAAGAGACUGUGAGUGAAUUUGAAUUAAACACUGUGACUUACGGUGUGAGUAGCUCACCUUAUCUGGCUAUUCGUACACUUCAUCAGUUGGCUCAGGAUCAUGGUGAGCAAUGGCCUCGUGCAGCAACUGCAUUGCUCAAAGACACCUUUAUGGAUGAUAUCGUGGUGACAGCUCCGUCGGUGGACGUUGCCUUAGAAAUAAAAGACGAGCUAAUAAACUUACUCGAUUGUGGAAAAUUUGAGCUGCGUAAAUGGAGCAGUAAUUCUCUUGAUUUUCUUUCACAUCUUCCAGCUGAUCAUUGUCAAACACCUAAAGCGUUUUGUGAUAAAGAAAAUCAAUGUAAACUCAAAAUUCUGGGCAUUCAGUGGGACCCACUCAAUGACAAGUUUACUUACACUCAUUCAGAAAUGAACCCGGCUUGUACCAAGCGGAUUGUUCUCUCGAGUGUGGCAAGAAUUUAUGAUCCACUCGGAUGGCUAACGCCAGUGGUAUUAUUGGCCAAGAUGUUUAUACAAGAACUGUGGCGUCUACAACUAGACUGGGACGAACCAGUUUCUGCUGAAAUGUUACAGAAAUGGCAAGAUUUCGUACGAGAACUGACAAAUUUAUCUAGUAUCAGUAUACCUCGGCAAGUAGUUCACUCAACUACUGCUAGAUGUGAACUAGUGGGAUUCUGUGAUGGAUCUUCCAAGGCGUAUGGAUGCUGCGUAUAUUUACUUACGUUAGAUGAGCCCAAAACCUCUCAUCUGCUGAUAGCCAAGUCUCGCGUUCUCAAGCACAUGUACCAACUACUGGAAAACAGAAUUAUUAUCGUUCAGGUUACGGCGUUUACAGAUAGUAACGUUGUGUUGGUAUGGUUGAAUACAGCACCACACAAAUUGAAAAUGUUCGUUGCUCACAGAGUCGUAAAAAUUACGGAUGAUCUCAGUGUUGAUAACUGGAAGCACGUAGCAACGCAUGAUAACCCUGCGGAUUUAUGCAGCCGUGGAUUUCGCUGUUCCCAGCUUGUUUCUCACAAAGUUUGGUGGCAUGGUCCUGCUUGGCUUGUGACUGAGAAAUCGUUGUGGCCCGUGCAAACGGAUAUCAGUCCUCCUGAUAUUGUACCCGAAUUGAAACCGGCGGCUUCUCAUACCUUAACUGCGUCAAAGGAAACUAAUAUUGAUGCGAUUAGCGAGCUCGUGGAAAGAUCUUCAUCUUUUUUACGUUCUCAGCGUGUUCUCGCAUGGUGCCUUCGGUUCAUCGGCAACUUGAAAAAGAAAAGGGACGACCAUGAACAUAACACGGAUUUGACUACCACGGAACUUGAGAACUCACUGGUUGUUCUUAUUCAUAAUGAACAGAGACGCCAUUUUUCUGAAGUUCUGGACUCUUUCGCUACCAACUCCAGUUUCAGAUGUAACAAAUCGCUGCUCAAGCUCAGUCCAUUCAUUGAUGAAGCUGGAUUACUGCGUGUGGGGGGGCGUUUGCAAUGGAACCUGCUCUCUGGCUCAGACCUGAAAACCGUAUGGGAUGCUGCUUUCUCGAAUCGAAGACCUGAUGAAGACGUGGUGCUGCCAGCCUUCGAGCCAGCGGCCGGCGGCAGCGGUGCAGAAGGGUGGUGCAAAUACUUCGAAGAAAGAUCGAAGGAGUUUGGAUGGAGCAGCUUGGUGACGUCGCAAAGGCCGGCUAUGGAUAUAUCCUAA